AUGUUUGGUGGGUAUGAGGAUAUAGAAGCAUAUGAAGACGACCUUUACCGAGAUGAAUCAUCCAGUGAACUGAGUGUUGAUAGUGAAGUGGAAUUUCAACUCUAUGGCCAAGUUCAUUAUGCCCAGGACCUUGGUGAUGUCACUAAGGAGGAAAACAAUGAAGAAAAGAGCUCUGAGGAUCCUGAGUCAUUGAAUAUUAAAAAGACAGCUCCGAAGAACUUGAUUGUUCUUUCAGAUACCGAUGUCAUCCAGAUAUCAGAUGGUUCUGAGGUCAUCUCUUUGUCAGAUGAAGAUAGUAUCUACAGAUGUAAAAGGAAGAACAGAGGAAGCCAGGUAUUGGAAAGUCGUGAUGAACAAUCGGAGGAAUUGUCUAGAAAGAAGUGUAAGAGAGCUAAUAAGAAGUCUAAACGUGGAGAGAGAUCUAAUGUGAUUCAGGAAGUUAUGAUUAUAGAGGAUAGUUCAAAUGAGGAGAAGGAGAUUACUAUCUCUGAAAGUGGAGAAAGUGAUGUGGAGAGCUGGAUGCUACUGGGAUGUGAAGUAGGUGACAAAGACGAUGAGAACAUUCUUCUCAAUCUCGUGGGCUGUGAAACUUCUGUUGGUGAAGGUAAAAGUGAUGUAAACUGGUUCAUCAGUGAUAAAGAUCUAGAGGCCCAAAUAAGUAAUAACAGAUCAUCUGGCAAACGAAACAUCAGAUACUAUUCAGCUGACAAAAAUGUCAUCUGUAGAAAUUGUGAAAAACGUGGUCAUUUGUCAAAAAACUGUCCUAUUCCACAAAAAAUACGUGCCUGUUGCCUGUGUGCUGAGAGAGGACAUCUGCAGUAUGACUGCCCUUCUCGGUUUUGUUUAGAUUGUUCUUUGCCUGCAUGUUACUCCCAUAAAUGCCUUGAAAGACCUUCAUGGAAAAAACAUUGUGAACGGUGUGAUAUGAAGGGUCACUAUGCUGAUACUUGCCCAGAAAUAUGGAGGCAGUAUCACCUAACGACCAAACCUGGACCACCCAAGAGGCCAAAGACUUAUUUAGGACGAUCAGCCUUAGUAUACUGCUACAACUGCUCUCGGAAAGGUCAUUAUGGAUAUGAGUGCACAGAGAGACGAAUGUUAAGUGGGACCUUUCCAACCGUACCAUUCAUUUAUUACUAUGAUAAGGAGCAUGACAUCCAAGACCAAGAACAAAGAAUACAGUGGAAGGUUGAAGAACUUCAAAAAAAUGGAGAUUUUCCGAGGCCAGUCAAGAGAGCCCAUGUGGAACCAACAAGCAGGAGUCCCUUCCAUAGAAUGAAGAAGAGACAUACGAUAGAGGAAGACCACAGAUGGCAUCAAGAAAAGAAACAUCUCAGAAGAACCAAAAUGAGCAAUUGGAGCAGUAGGAGCCACGGAAAGAAAUACAGGAGGGAUGUCCAGAGGUGGUACGACGGGGAGGAGGACUUCAUCAGAGGACCCAGAAAUCACUCCUCCUCCCACAGGUCUUCCCACUUUGCCCAACGGCACCGGAAGAUGAGGGGAGGGGAGCUCUCCAAAAGGGGCAAGUGGGAGCAGCAUAGGAAAGGGGAGGGUCAGAGAGUAGAGGAGGAGGAGGAGAGUUUAUUCCUCAUUAAGCAGAGAAAGAAGAAGUCCAAGCUGAAGCACAACUGCUGAGGCGGCAGAGGGUGGUCCUUGGGGGCCUUGUCUGCCUGCGCCCUGGCAUUGUAUUUUCUUACCUCAUUCAAGAUGUGAGAUUUUUUAUAUUCCAGCCCGAAGGAAGCUAAGCUCCUCCAACGAAGAUUACUGAGCUCUUGGCUUCUAUUUUUAAGCAGAUGAUUUGCUGUUCUCCGUGACCAACAAGUUGUUUAUUGUAUAGGGAGGUAAAAGGGUCAGAGCUUUCCGUUUCCAGGGCUGUGCCUAUGGUAGAUUGUACUUUUGACUUAGAAGCCCGGGAAUGAGAAAGCGUCGUUUGGGGGGGUCCUUUUUUAAGAAGCCGUUUUAAAUACUCUUUACCAAGAGAGAGUUUAUUAUCUGUCACACAUCUGAGUCCACCAUUUUUUAAAAAGUAGCCUUGAAAUUAAAAAAAGAAGUGAGCAUUAGAAAAUGGACUCGGUCAUUUUCAAGAUUCUUUUUUUAAUAUUGGGACCGUUUAGAAGCUUUUCUGCUCCGGAUCCAAUUUCUCCUGCUCCUAAAGCAUGUUCUGAAGUCACCUUUGGUAGGGAACAUGACUGUGUGGCUUUGAAAAUGAGCGCUAUGUCCCAAGCCGCCCGGAUUACGAACUGAUUGAAGGACUGAGGAGACGGGGAACCUGAGCCUCGGGACGGAAGAAAUCAUAUGGGUUUGACUAGCCAAAGGAACAAAAGUUCCAGCAAAUGUAUUCAAAGGAGAAUAAAUCAAGAUCUCUUCGGAAUCACUAAAGAGUGUUUUUCCUCAGGGUGACAAAUCACUUUAAAGAAGUCGUCACCGAUUGUGUAAAAACCUUUUCUAAAAAAUAAAGUCACAACAUUUAUCUUAGCGUGAACUAAAAUUUCCUGGUUUUUAAAGAAACAAUAAAUUUUUUGUAUUUUGUUAUUAUAUUCCAAAUAAGUGAAUUGGAUGCCGAGAUAAAAUAACAGAGUAGUACAGUAAGUAAAUUUGUUCUUUACAUUAAAGUGAUUAGAUUAGACAGUGUGGGAGGACAAGGUUAAUGGAAACCAAUCUAAAGGCUUCCCGCAUCCCCACCCUCCACCCUCCGUGUCUCUAUGUUCCCGACCUAGCUUGGGUGGCCCGCAGCGAAUCCCUGCGGAGCCCCCAGAGAACACGUUGUUCUUGUACAUACCUGCCUCAAUAAAGCCUCGUUGAUAAACAGUCA